ACCAACUCUCAGUUACGCUCCCGCCAUUUUUCCUUAUCUUAUCCCGCCAGAUUUCUCUCUCUCCAAAACUACCAUUUUCCUUCCUAUCAAUUUUCCCUCUCUCUUUCACACAGCCAUGGAAGAAACUCGACAGCUCGACUCCAAGAAACGCAAGAGGUCAUUUUCUCCACAUAAUCCUUUCAAAGGUAUUUUCACCCGCAGCAAAUCUCAGAUCUAUCUUCACCGCCACCGCUCUGGUCGAUCCCGCACCGAUUCCUUUCGCUACUGCAAACACCACACUGAGCUUCGGUCACAUUCGGCUGGGUUCCAGUCUCAGUCUCGCAACAGGAAAGUCAGACGAAAAUCUUUGACCCAAAAUUCUGCCGAUGAUACAAAUGAAUGGUCUUCAAAAUCUAUUAAAGAUCUUCGCGCCAGACGGGUUUUCUCUCUAGCUUCUGUGGCUAAUGCUUCUGGAUUAUGCCUUGAUAGUAAAGAGAAAAAUGUAUCUGAGAAAAAGAGUGGAGAAUUUGAAGAUGGGUUUUCUUCCGAUUCUAUGAAUUUGGAAGAGAUGAGCUCCGGUUGCUUUAUUAAUGAAGAGGAUAUUGACCGGAAAUGUUUGGAUAGCAAGAAAGAGGAAGAAAAUGAUUUGCCUAUGACUGAAGAAGACAUAAGAAGUAAUGGAUACUGUAAGAUUUCAAAUGAGAUUUGCGAUUUCAAUGAAGAAUAUGCGCAGGAAACACCUCCAGGUGCUAAUCUUCAAAAGAGAGAGGGUCAUCAAUAUAUUAGUGACCAGAAAAUUGGCAAUAAUUCAGGUCUCGAAUCAGUAUGCGCCAAUUUGGAUAGCAAAAAAGAAGAAAUUAAUUUGCCUAUGGUUGAAGACGACGUGAAAAAUGAUGGAGAUGGUAAGAUUUCAAAUGAGACUGGCGAUUUCAAUGAAGAAUAUAUCCAGGCAACACCUCCAGAUGCUGAGAUCUUUAAUCUUCAAAAGGGAGGUCUUCAAGACAUUAAUGACCAGAAAAUUGAAAACAAUGCUGGACCCAAAUCUGGUCCGAACCCUUGGUCUAGAGUUAAAGUGUUCAAAACCCCAGGCUCAUUAAGCUAUAGAAGAUUGCUUCCUUACUUGAAAGAUGCGGUCCAAGAUAAUUCUUGUGCUGACUCUAAUUCAAUGUCUAUUGAACGCAAUUUUGAUUCACAAAAGGAUCCUAGGGUAUGUUCCCCCACCUCAUUGGUUGAUGAGGAUUGUUCAACACCACCAGUUGAUGAGGUGAAUGAGAAAAUUAAGACGAGGGAUUGUGAAAAUUUGGAAACCUUGAACCCUGACAGCUCUACAAGGGAAGAAAAGCCAUUGAAUGGAAGUAGCAACAGAAACAAUUGCUAUUUCAAUGGUAAAAGAAAGGACUCCAAUUCUAAAAGCAAAAUGUGUAUUAAUCCAUGCUCACGACUGAAGAUAUUUAAGACUGGAAGCUCCUUUAGCUAUCGAAGAUUGCUUCCAUAUCUGAUCGAUAUUGCUAAAGAUAAUUCUGUUGAUACUGGGAAUGAGCAUUACCCAAAAUUUGAGAAGAGCUUAGAAGAAAGGCCGCUCUCAAAAUUAUCAAUGUCUGAAAUUGAUGAAACUCCACUGGAGAAAUUAAAUGGUAAAAGUCAUCAUAUGGAGCAUGAUGCUACUUCACUUACUCCGCAAUUGGAUAUCUCCACGGCUGUCAAACAUGCAUCUUGUAGCAAUCAACAGAAUCUAAUGACUGCUGAUCUCAACUGCGAAACUCCAGUAUCAAAGGAUUCACAAGCGGAACAAAAAUUGCCUGUUGUGGAUAUUAUAUCAAAUCAUAAAGAUGGCCAGUCGGAUAGUUCCCUUCCUAUAAUGAGUUUGGUUAGAGGGAGCAGUACAGUUACCAUGCCAUUAUCUGUUGACAAUGAAGAGGAUAGUAAAACUUUAGUUGCAAAACCUGCCAAUGGUGCAGAACCAUUUGAUGCUGGCAGCCUUUUUCAAGCCUCAUCCAAGCUUGAAGAAACCAAUCCAAUGGGAAUUCUUGCUCAGGAUUUGAAGAAAGGCAUCCUUAAGAAAUAUCGAAGAGGAUGUAGAGGACUUUGCACUUGCUUAAACUGUGCUUCAUUUCGCCUCCAUGCAGAGAGAGCAUUUGAGUUCUCCAAAAAUCAGAUGCAGGAUGCUGAAGAAGUUGCUUUAGAAUUGAUCAAUGAACUAACUGACCUCCGAAAUACACUUGAGAAAGCUACAGUUGGUUCUAAUGAUCACCUGAUCAUUUGCAUCAACCAGGUGAAAAAGGCUUGCAAGAAAGCAACUGAAGCAGAAGAACUAGCAAAAACCCGUCUUUGCCAAAUGAAUUAUGAUCUUAACAUUCACUGCAAAAUAACAUGUGGAGUGCGACCAAGGGUGAGAUUUUCCAAUAAUGUCGAAGAAAGAAUCAUUACAAAGGUGAAUUCCGAGCAAUGUUCUAAAAUUUUGAGAUAGUAGGAGGUGAAAAAAUUGCCAUACAUUUUUGUCAUGAAUGUUUGGUUCAACAUACAGCAUAAGUCAUGAAGCUUUUUCACUCAGUGGUUUCAAUGUAAAUGGACAUAGUACAUAGAUUGUUGUUAUUAUAUGCAGAAUGAGUGCUUAAUUGUGUUUUAUCCAUGGAAACAGAGGGAAGCAGUGAAUUUGUGUGAAAGAAAGAUUUAUCUUUUUGGAAAAAGAAAGAUUUUUAAGUGCACCAGUUGCUCUUAAGUUUAUUAUUUAUACAAAGGCUAUGUUCAGCAAUAGUUUUUCA